AUCGAAGAUAACGGCCGCGGCAGAUAAACACGGCCGCAGCUUUUCUCGUCACAUGUGCAGAUGGGAAAAUUUAGAAAGAAAAAAAAAAACGCCAGCAGGCAGGCAGGGCACGUUGGCGGCCAAAUUUUAAAAUAAAUCCGGGAUUCGAACCAUGUCCUUGCAGGAGGAUGAUUUUCCCGCCGGGGAAAAGAUUCUGGCUGAUCUUGACAACGUCUUUAGGACAGAUCCAGAACUAGAGGACUUCUUCAUUAUUCCUGUGUCAGGGAAUCAAAACAAAUCGCCUGUUGUACACGCCGAUCACAGCCUCGGACUGGAGUCGUGGUGUGUGCAGCAUCUUUACUGCUACGUCUACGGCAAGCUUAUCAAUCAUAAAACAAGAAAAAAAAGAGAAGAUCCGAAAGUUGUGGCCCGUCUGCUACGAGGCGCCCUGCUGAUCAACCCUGAGACGGCAGCGUUUUGGAACAUGAUGAAGCAGCUGAUCGAGUCCGAAAGGGUCGGCCCUGAGGAAGACCUCCGGUUUUCAGCAGUUGUUCUCAGCUUCAAGCCGAAAUGCUCGGAGGUUUUCACGCACCGAAAGUGGGUGCUGCGCAAGAUGGUGGCGCAAGCAGACGUGCAGCCGAUGGCCGUGCUCAAGUACCUGCAAGCCGAGUUGAGAAUCACCCAGCUGGCGGCGUCAAAGUACCCGAGCAACUACAACGCGUGGAACCACAGGAAGUGGGUGCUCGAGGCGCUCGUGCCGAAAGGUGGCGCCGAGCAGAAGGAGCUGCUCAAGCAGGAGUUGAAGCUGUCGCACUGCUGGACCUCGAACCACGUGUCAGACUACAGCGGCUUGCAGUAUCGGCAGUAUGUCAUGCAGGCAAUCUUUUCCACCUUCAAACACGAGGAUUUCCUUUGUCAGACGGAGUGGUUGCUCGAGUUGCCAAGUAAGAUGGAGGCGAAAUGCUGCUCGAGCUGCGCUGCAGCGUCAGUGCUGGAGCAAGAGUUGCAGAUGCUGGACGAGUUGAUCGUCAGGUACGAAGGACACGAGUCGCUCUGGUACCACCGCCGCUUCGUCCUGCACAGCCUGCAGAAAGUGUGCGCGAGUGCGGUGUGCGCCAAGCUGGGCGCCUCCCUUUUCAACUCUGUCGUCGGCAGUGAGCGCGCCUUCGCCUCCAGCGUUUGCCGCGAGUCCAAACUCGCCCACGAAAAUGGCCACGCAAGCCGCCACCUCAGCUGGGUUGAAAAUGUUUUGAGAAUUACAGCUGCCUGACAUUUUACUUUCACGCAUCGGGCUGUGCAAACGACUGACAAGAAAACCCUUAGCAUUCGACCAAAAGCAUUGAAUUCGCGUAGCCUUUCCUACUUUCAAGCAAACAUUUAGGUUCAAAGACUUUGCCAGAUUUUAAAAUGGCCCAAAUUUCAAAAUUGAUUAAUGGAUGCUACUUCUGCUCCCCAUUUUAAAUGAUUUCGGUCCUUUUGCCAAUUGGUUGACGUCCCGAAAAACAAUUUGAAAUUUCCCACCUCUCUAAGGUUUUAUUGGUUAAUCAUGGCGCCAAAAGCUGAUAAAAUUUACACUUUCAUUUAAAUAUUGAACAAGGUUAUUUUGCAUAAUUUUUUGCUACCGAAAAAAAUUGUUUUAAGUAUGCAUUAAAUGAAAAAUUAAAAACGUUUUUCUUGAACACAAAAAUGGAGCAGGAUCAUCCAUUUUUAUGACAUUCCCUCAUGCCAUUAGCCAAAUUCGGGCGAAAGUCUAAAAUCCGGGAAUUUAAUCAGAGAGUAAAAAUUGAUUUGUCAUGUCAGUCUGUUUAGAAAGUUUAAAUUUUAAAUGAAAAGUGUCUUCAAAAUUCGAUUUUGCAACAUUCGCCGCAUGAUAAGCAGAAUUUUGAACCUGCGGAGGGAGCCUCGUAAUUCGCAGACUAAGUCAAAACAAAAUUGAACCUCGGGAACACGAUUUCAAUGAAUUUACCAGAAACUAAAGCGUCGAAUCAUGAGAGUUUCCUUGUUAUGUAAAAUUAUCAUAGUUGUAAGAGGGCAUUCUUGUUCUGAGGAGUGCUACCUGCAGUUAAUACCAAUUCACCUACCACGAUUUUCAGCUGCGAAAACGUGUAAUUAAAUUUUUGUUGAGAAUGCACCGUACCAAAUUUAUGAUUACGUGGAUAAUCAGCUGGAUUUCAGGAAGUCGUGGUAAAUAGACAUUUUUCAAUCGUGUCGUAAAAGGUUUGCGCUAAAGAAAUUUGCGAGAAAAAAAGCAGACGAGGAUGACAAAACACACGCUGCAGCUAGAUUCUUGGUUUUUAUAAGGUCACGUUCAGUAUGUACGCAAUGUAAUACUUUUAAAUUAUCGAGACACAUUCCUUGGCGUUGAAAAACGAAAAAUAAUUUAGAAUGGUGUAGUUUUGAUGAAAGAAAAGACGCCGAGUACUUGUUCAAAUAAACUUAUCACAUGUA